GACUGAGAGUGGUUCUGGAGCUGGGACUGUGUGUGAGUGUUAGUCAGUCAGGAUGAGCGUGGAGGUUCCUGCGGGUCUGAGCGAGCUGCUGAAGAGCUACACGCUGGAGGUGCUGAAGCGGAGGCCGGCGGACCUGCUGGAGUUCUCCGUGCAGUACUUCACCUGUCUGAGGGAGCAGCGCAGCUCCAGCCGUCUCAGCCGCUCUCCGGUGACCCGCGGCGUGGCCUUCGACCAGGACUCCGCUCCCACCGACUCCAGCGAGGACGAGGAGGAAGAGCAAAGACACGAGGAGGAGGAGCAAAGACACCAAGAAGAUGAAGAUGAGGAGGAGGAGGAGGAGGAUGACUUCCCAGAUGACUUUACAUUCAAAGGUCCUCCACCCAGUAAAUGCAACAGACGUGUAUCAGUGUGUGCGGAGCCGUAUAACCCUGAUGAAGAUGAAGACGAAGGUAGCGAGUCGAGGGUCGUUCACCCCAAAACUAAUGAGCAGCGUCAGCGUCUACAGGAGGCCUGCAAGGACAUACUGCUGUUUAAACCCUCGAGCAGGUUCAUAUAG